AUGGAUGCCAUCCUAUUCAUACUUGACCAAAAGACUCGCGUCCCCUCAGUCUACAACUUAACCCUCGACCAAACGAGCGGUUCCCACUGGACAUCAGCCUUCCUCACAACAAUCACAGGAGCCCAAUACCUCGCCCUCUCCCGCAUCCUCGGCUCAAUCUGCAAAUCCUCCCUUCUGAACCUUGACACCCUCGAAUAUAGCAACGACCUCAACUAUGGAACAGCCCUUCAGAACGCAACCACCAGGACCUACCAAAACACAACCGCCUCUUCCUCCAACCCAGCAGCAGGCUUCCACGUCUCAGCCGGAAACGACUACGCAUACAACCUCACCUGGCAAGGCACCUCCAAAGUCCUCUUCAACGGUGGCAACGCAGCCUUCACCCUUGGCCCAAACUUUGCAAACCCCACAGAGUGGUCUGUCCCCGCCAGCACGACCUCCGGCACCCUCACCCUCAGUAACAUCGAGACCAUCACCAUCGACCCAGCCCGCUCACCAAGUAUCUGGUCCUACGGCUUCGGUGCACCCUCGCACCAGCUUUACCAAUUUGCAACGAUCCGUGUGGGUGAAGAAUUGCACUACGUCCUGCCAUUCGAUAUGGAGACGCGGGGCUGCAGCGGUUGGACGUCUCCGAAGUCAAAUAUCACGUACCCCCAGCGCUGGGAACUCAGGUUUGAGAAUGGGGAUGUGCUUGAUAUCAAGUCGCUAAGUGACACUGUUUACGCGGGGUAUGUUAAUGUUUCUGGGAAGUUUCUGGGGCAGGAGGUUGGGUUUGGGGUCGUGGAAAUGAUCAAGCUGAUUGGAGAUUAUCCGGACAUUAAGAUGUGCUGGGCUGCUUGUUGCACAUUGCACACCGGAAGAGAAUGA